CAUCUGAUUGGUGUUGGGGAGGCGUUCGGCUGAAGGUGGAACCUGGGAGCCCAGAGCGCAGCGCUCACUGCGGCCGAGCCUCGCCGACGCGCAAUGCCUCGCUUUACCGUCCACAUCCGAGAUGAGUGGGUGGCAGUGGCCUGCCGGGACACCUCCAACAACAUCCAGUGGCUCGGACAGGAAGCGUUGAAGCGGUACAUGAAGAACAAACCGGACAACGGCGGCAUCGGGUCUGUGAGGGAGACGCGGUUCUUAGUGCGCAGGUGCCAGGGUCUGGGCUUGCUGGACGUGGACGACACCAUCGAUGAUGUGCUGGAGGAUAAUGACUUUGUUGAACUUGCAAUUGAGGGAGACACCAUGUCCUCCGACUUCAUCCCAUGUGAGCCCGGAGUUUCGAAUAUCACAGCUGCAUACAAAGAACCCGCAGAAUACAUUGGUUUGGAUGGCAACAGCCUGACUUCCACUGAUCUGGUCAACUUAGGCAGAGGACUCUAUAAGAUAAAGCUGACUCCGGAGGCAGAGAAAAAGGUUGUGCAAUCACGAGAACUUUUGGACACCAUUGUCAAAGAAAACCGAAUCGUCUACGGAAUAACGACAGGUUUCGGCAAAUUUGCCCGAACUGUCAUUCCUGUCAGCAAGCUCAAGGAACUCCAGGAAAACCUGGUGCGGUCGCACUCAGCAGGUUUGGGGAACCCAUUGAGUCCGGAGAGGACCCGCAUGCUGCUCGCUCUGAGGAUCAACGUUUUAGCUAAAGGUUACAGCGGGAUUUCUCUGGAAACCCUUCAAGCCAUGAUCCAGGCCUUCAAUGCCUCCUGCCUCUCCUUCGUUCCAGAGAAGGGGACGGUGGGAGCCAGCGGAGACCUGGCCCCCCUCUCGCACCUUGCCCUGGGUCUGAUGGGAGAAGGGAAAAUGUGGUCCCCCAAGAGCGGAUGGGCUGAUGCCAAAUAUGUCCUGGAGGCCCACGGACUAAAGCCAAUAUCACUGAAACCCAAAGAGGGCAUUGCUCUGAUCAACGGUACCCAGAUGAUCACCUCUUUGGGGGCGGAGGCGGUGGAGCGCGCCCGGGCCAUCGCCCAGCAGGCGGACAUCGUUGCUGCUCUAACGCUGGAGGUGCUGAAGGGAACCACUAAAGCCUUUGACAGCGACAUCCAUUCACUGCGUCCCCAUCCAGGCCAGACGGAGGUUGCCCUUCGCUUUCGGUCGCUGCUGGACUCUGACCACCAUCCGUCUGAGAUCGCAGAGAGUCAUAGGUUCUGUGACAGGGUCCAGGAUGCCUACACCAUGCGCUGCUGUCCUCAGGUGCAUGGAAUAGCAAAUGACACAAUAAUGUUUGUGCAGAACAUCAUCAACACAGAAAUCAACAGCGCUACAGACAACCCUAUGGUAUUUGCAGAAAGAGGUGAAACCAUUUCUGGUGGGAAUUUCCAUGGAGAAUAUCCAGCAAAGGCUCUAGACUUUCUGUCCAUCGCUGUCCAUGAGCUGGCUUCCAUCAGUGAGAGGAGGAUUGAGAGGUUAUGCAACCCCUCACUGAGUGAGCUGCCUGCCUUCCUUGUUAAUGAGGGCGGCCUCAACUCGGGCUUCAUGAUUGCCCACUGCACCGCCGCUUCUUUAGUUUCAGAGAAUAAAGUUUUAUGCCACCCUUCGUCUGUGGACUCCCUGUCCACCAGCGCGGCUACAGAGGACCAUGUGUCUAUGGGAGGCUGGGCCGCUCGGAAAGCCUUGAGGGUUGUGGAACAUGUGGAGCAAGUUCUUGCCAUAGAGCUGCUGGCGGCCUGCCAGGGUAUCGAGUUCCUCCGCCCUCUUCGAACCACCACCCCGCUGGAGAAGGUCUACGACCUCGUGCGCACCGUUGUCAAGCCAUGGAUUAAAGACCGGUUCAUGUCGCCAGACAUCGAGGCUGUUCACCGUCUCCUGCUCGACCAGAAGGUGUGGAAGGUGGCCAAACCUUACAUUGACAAGUAUCAGACCGAAUACAUCCCAGAGUCUCGACCCAAUUCCCCCACUGCCUUCUCCCUGGAUCCUCCCGCGUCACCGAGGAAACGUGUCCGUCACGAGUGAAGCAAAGCUUCAAAUCAAGUUCGCUCGGUUUUCUUACUGUUCUGCUUGAAUCAGUUUUCAAAAGCUAAAAGUAUAAAUAUUGUUACAAAGAUUAAUUGUUAGUAAGACAGUGGAAGAUUCCUGACAUGAAAAUCUGUGGCGAUACGUUGCUUACUUAGAAAUGCAUUGCAAAUGGUUUUAUUAUCUGGAAAAUUAAGUUUUGUAAUUUUCUGUGCUUACCCUGACAGCACUGCAGUAAACUUGCAUUACUCUUGACUGUUGUUGCUAAUGUGGUUUUUAAAACCUCUUCAGUUUCAUGCUUUGUUAGCAUAAAUAAAAUUGCUUUGUGUGUAAUUUGCUGCUAUGUGAUGUUUAUGCAUCAGUCUGUUUUAAAUUGUAUUUCUCUUGCUAGACCUUUACAAAAAAAUCCCAUGAAAAUCACAUGUGACUUUCACAUGUGAUCACAUGUGGUUCACACAAAUUUUACAUGUGAAUGAUGUGAAUCACACGUGAAAGCACAUGAAUACAUGUGAUUUUGGAACGUUUCGUGGUAAAAUCACAUAUGAUUCACAUGUGAAUCACACAUUUCCAUAUGUGAUCACAUAAAAAUCACAUGUGAAAACGUGAUUUCCAUGGGAUUUUUUUGUAAGGGGAUCAUCACAUUUUUCUGUUAUAUUUCUAACUUCAUGAAAUUGUCGGGGCUGCAGUCCUGCAGUCCUUGGUUCAAUUCCCGUCCCGGGGUCUUUCUGCAUGGAGUUUGCAUGUUCUCCCUGUGCAUGGUGGGUUCUCUCCGGGUUCUCCGGCUUCCUCCCACAGUCCAAAAACAUGACUGUCAGGUUAAUUGGUCUCUCUAAAUUCUCCCUAUGUGUGAGUGUGUGUGUGCAUGGUUGUUUGUCUUGUAUGUCUUUGUGUGGCCCUGCGACAGACUGGCGACCUGUCCAGGGUGAACCCCGCCUCUUGCCCGGAAUGUAGUUGGAGAGGAACCAGCAACCCUCCUGACCCCACAAGGGAUAAAGGUGUUAGAAAAUGGAUGGAUGGAUGGAUGAAAUUGUUGUAUGUUUCAUUGUUAUUUCUACAAUCAGUGUCCUGGUUGAUCAUGUCUGCAACUGUAAACCCUUCAUCAUCUACAACUCAUUAAAUAAGUUAUACUCAAACAUA